AUGAAUUCCAGUGGAAAAGGAUGUGGCGAUUCAUCACAGCUUGCUGCCAGCAGUGACGGUGAUUCCAUCAAAGUUUUUGUACGUGUGCGACCUCUGACCCAGAGUACUGGGCUGACCACAGAUGGAGACCAGAAGCUGUGUCUCACUGUCACUUCACCCAACACUAUCCGUCUGCUGUCCAAACCAGAACCUCGUACCUUCACGUACGAUCAUGUUGCUGACAUGGACACAUCUCAGGACUCAGUAUUUUCCAGUGUGGCGAAGAAUAUUGUUGAGUCUUGCAUGAAUGGAUACAAUGGGACUAUAUUUGCCUACGGACAAACAGGCUCAGGGAAAACAUUUACCAUGCUUGGACCAUCUGAGUUGGAUAACUUCACCGAUGACCUCAGGGGGGUUAUCCCUCGAAGCUUUGAGUAUCUGUUUUUUCUCAUCAACAGAGAAGUGGAAAAGUCUGGCCAGUCCAAGAGCUUCCUUUGCAAAUGUUCAUUUAUUGAGAUAUAUAAUGAACAAAUCUAUGACCUUCUGGACACUGCAUCAGCCUGCCUUUUCCUCAGGGAGAACAUUAAGAAAGGCUUGUUUGUUGAGGGAGCCGUGGAGAAGUUUGUCAACUCAGCUGCUGAAGCCUACCAGGUGCUGUCUAUGGGCUGGCGUAAUCGACGCGUGGCCUCCACCUCCAUGAACAGAGAGUCCUCAAGAUCUCACGCAGUGUUCACCAUGACUUUGGAGUCAAAAGAGUCCAUCAAUGAAGUUGUGAACAUCCGAACGUCUCAGUUGAAUCUUGUAGAUCUGGCAGGUUCAGAGAGGCAGAAAGACACGCACACAGAAGGCUCCAGGCUCAAGGAGGCCAGCAGUAUCAAUCGUUCCCUCAUGUGUCUCGGUCAGGUGAUCAUGGCACUUGUUGAUGUGUCCAAUGGGAAGAACCGCCACAUCUGCUACAGAGAUUCUAAACUCACCUUCUUGCUCAGGGACUCUCUUGGAGGAAAUGCAAAGACUUACAUCAUAGCAAACGUUCACCCUGGUUCAAAGUGUUUUGGAGAAACACUGUCCACCCUGCAGUUCGCUCAGAGAGCAAAGUUGAUCAAGAACAAGGCCAUCAUCAAUGAAGACACACAGGGAAAUGUGAGGCAGUUACAAGCCGAGGUGAAGAAGCUGAAGGAGCAGCUAGCACUGGCACUAACGUCUCAGACAGUCGACUACAUAAGAGAUGUAGCUCCAGGAGGACCUGAACUCCCCAAAGCUCCAUCCGCAGAACUUCAACAUGAUGUCUCAUAUAGAGCAAAGUUCAUGGCUGCUGUUCGUCUGUGGAGGAAGCGAGAAGAGGAGAAGAGGAUUCUGCGGCAGAAAGUGUCUCAGCUUGAGGAGGCCUGGACCCAGAAGGACAAGUACAUCCACUCCAGCCGAAUGAUCAUCAGAUUUCGCGAAGACCACAUCUGUCGACUCGAGAAAAAAUUGAAGGCGGAACAAGGAUUAUUGUCUGACAAAGAAUCUGAGACUCUGAUCGACCAACUGAAAAAGGAGAUAAAGAUCUUGACAGAUCAGGUUGACCAUCAUCCAAAGAUGACUCGAUACGCUGCGGAGAACUUCAGCCUCAGAGAGGAGAACCGCCAACUUCGUUCUCUUGAAUCGGUGGUCAAAGCUGAAGAGUUCACAGUCCAGGUUUCUGCUGACCUGGAGGAGGCUUUCCAGAGAGCUCUGGAGACUGAAAGACGCACAGAGACUCCAGGAGCCUCUUCAACCACUGCGCCUGUAGACAGUGCCUCGGCAGCCACGAUCGAGAAGCUGAAGGCUCAGCUGCUUCAAAAGCAGUCUGACCUAACAGGCGCCCUUCAUGCUUUCGAGGAGUACAAAGAAGUCACCAAGAAACAGAUGUCUCAGCUGGAGUCUGAGAAAAGAUACCUGAACAAGUCCAACAGGCAUUUGGAAAAUAUAUUGGAAGCCAAAAACGCUCAGAAAACACAGGAGGUGUCUGAGCUGAAUAGAAUUCAUGUAGAAACUAUAAAGAGUCUCACCACACCCACCAAAGCAUACAACCUGCGGACCCGUCUUGUGCCUCUCUCCAGCCCCGAACAUCUGAAUGGGAAAGACGCAGAUGACAUUUGGACCGAGCCGCCUCCUUCAGACAUGACUGAGAUGGCCCUGACUGAGGAACUCCGUCAAGUGCAGGAUCAAGUCAGCCGUGUCCAGACACAGUUUAAUGAGGAGGAGCUGAAGAACAGCAAGCUGUUGGAGCAAAUCGCAAAGCUUGAGGAGCAAAUCGCCAUGAUGUCACAAGAGUCUGACCGCAGGGAUGAGCUGCUUUUGUCCGAGCAAGCUAACCAUAACCGAGACCUGCUGAAGCUGCAAGAAACUGUCAGUGAGCUGCAGCAGAGCCAUCAGUCUGAACUGCAAGCUGCAGAAGUGCUGAGGAGUGAGAUCCAGGAUCUGCGCCUGGUGCUGCAGUCAUCCGAUAAGGAGCUGGCCGCUGCGAGGAACGAGCUCAGUGGAAGCCAGAGCGAGCACCAGAGAGAGACGAGCCAACUGUCCAACAGUCUGAUCAGCACUCAGCUGCAGCUCGACAAAGUCCAGCUGGAGUGGGAGCAGAUUCUGGAGCAGCACCGGACUCUGCAGGAUUCAUUUGACCAGCUCCAAGCUGAGGCCAAGUUUGAGGCUGAUCAGGCAAGACAGCAGCUGCAGGACAGGCAGCAGGAGACUGAUGAUCUGAAGGCAAAGCUCACGGAAGUUAGCAGUUCUCUUCAGAAUGAACAAGAACAUACAACCAUUCUGAUCUCCCAGUUAAGAGAAAACAAAGAGAGUACAUCAAAAGAGCUUAUUGAAAUGGUGGAGGAGAACAAACAGCUUAAAAAACAAAUCUCAGACCUGACGGUGCAAAAUCAACAACAGGCAUCUAAAAUUGUCGAUCUUGACCAAGAUGUAAACUCUGCAAAGGAAACGAUAAAAGGCUUGGAGCAGAAGACUGAACAAGACAAAGAUGUUGUUUUAGACCUGAUCAACCAAACCAGAGACCUCCGCAGUGAACAGAGCCAGAAGGACCAGACCAUUACCCACCUGUCUGGGGACAUCAAAGACAUCACCGUCAAGUACAAUGCUGCCUGCCUUGAAAGGGAGGAUUUCCGGGAGCAAAACUCUAAGAUGCAGGCAGAAAUCUGUGACCUGAAAGAGACUUUAGAGAGGCGGGUAGCAUCCAACACAAUAGAGGUGGAGGUGUUGCAAGAGGAGGUUGUUUAUGCCACUGAGGAGGUCGACAGACUCACAAAGGUCUUAGACGAGCAGAACAGCCUCCUCCAAGCAUCUCAAGAGCAAACAGCCAAGAAAGACAUCAUGAUAAAGAAUCUACAGCAGAAGGUGCAACAACAGCAAGAAGCUGUUGAAAGAACUAUCAGAAAUGGAGGUUUCAAACCCCUCGAAGUCACACCGAAAUCAUUACCUCGGACUCCCCGCACUCCAGGAAGCUUCAACAGGGACCUGACGCAGGUGCUGGAGAACCAGGAGAGGGAGCUGGAGAACCGACGCUCCUCCAUGAUGACCAUGGAGAUUCUUUUAACGGAGCUGAAUGCUGAGAGGGCUGCAAAGAACGAGGAGAUUCAAAGACUUAAGAUGCAGCUGAAUGAGAAAGAGAUGGUCCGGAUUGAGAUCCAGGCUUUACUCGACCAGUUUUACACCAAGAGCCAGUCGGCACAGAAUGGAAACAACAACAGUGAGGAGUUGAAUGCAGCCCUCAAGCAAACAAUGAAUAAAGAGCUUCAGGAGGAGAGAGCAGAGAAGAAUAAUAUAAUGCAGAAACUGUCUGAUACUCAAAAACGACUGCAAGCACAGGAGUCGAUGUUGGGCCAGUCUCAAACCUGCGUUCAGGAGCUGACCACCGAGCUGAGGAACCGCUGUCUGGAGCUGAGGGAGCUGAGCAGCAGGGUACAGGAUGAGGAGAAACUGCUCCAGGAGAACGAGGUUCUCCGUAGGCAGAAUGUUCAGCUGUCAGAGGAGAACGGGAAACUUGUGGGGCACAAGAACCACAAACAGAGGAUCGAAUAUCUGGUGAAACUGAAAAAGGAAAACACCAAACUUCAAGAGGAAAAUGAAAAGCUCAGAACGGAGAUGCUCUUAAUGAGGGACAACAGUGGAUUUCCGCCAUUUGAGAUGACAUGAAUCCCAGAUUGUUUGAGGGAGGUGAAUUUGCACCUUUCCCAGUGAAAAAUGUAAUAACAAUGAUUUGACUUGAUUUUUAUAGAAAAUAUUAGUUUUUUUUAACUGGACUCAGUUGGCCAAUUCAAUAGGAUUUUAAGUACAAAAACAUUUGUUAUUCUUUUCUUUUUUAAAUUUAUUUCAUUCAGGGAAUGUCCGGUAAUUAAUUUGCUCAUGUAUAUAUUUUUAUACCUCUGACAAAGUUACUGUAUGCAUACUAUACAUACUGUACCUGUACAUUGACCUGCUGCUACAGCAGCUCUGACAGACCAGCUGUGAGUUUUUUGGAUGUACAUGAGUAUAACUAGACACAUUGUUCUCAGACUACAGUGAAAUUACAACAAUACUGCAUAUCAUUUUAAGGUGAAAAUUAACAUUUUAAUGUUCAUUUUUAGGUGCUUAUAUCUCUGCUGGGAUUGCUGAUCAUAUGGGUAGUAUGCAUGGUUUUUAGUUUGUUGUAUUUUUUUUUUUACAUCAUACUGAGAUGUAUCGCAUUGUCUUUUUAAAAUUUGCAUAAUGAGCCUUUCCCUUUUCCUGUAAAACUGUAAUUAAAACAACUUUUUGCAUAAUGAA